CGUCACGUGUCCCGCUAUUCCGGGACUCUACACUUCAACAGCCCAGCGCGCCGUCGCCGGUGACGAUCAGACGACACAGCCGCCCGAACCCCGCGCGGCCAAAUGGCGCCUAAGAAGCAGCCGGUCUCGAAGCAGAAGCACAAGCCCAAACCCUCCGCCGCCGCCUCCUCCUCCUCAUCCGCCGCACCGCGCAUCGAGAUCUCCUCGGAGAACGAGCGCCGCCUCCGACGCCUCCUCCUGAACUCCUCCACGGCCCCCGCGCCCCUAGAUGCUCCUGUGGCGCGUUCCGAAUCGAGAGAGCAGAAGGGGCGGCGGCUGCGUGGCGUCUACGACAAGCUGGCCCUCGAGGGCUUCUCCUCCGCGCAAAUCGAGCAGGCCCUCUCCGCUAUACCAGAUACAGCGACGUUUGAGUCGGCGUUGGACUGGCUGUGCUUUAAUCUGCCCGGCGACGAGCUCCCCCUCAAGUUCGCCAGCGCCACCGCCUCCUCUUCUCGUGCAGGGACAGAGGGUUCAGUUAAGGUAGUAUCAGCAGCGAAGGAGAAUUGGGUGCCGCAGAGCCGUGAGCCUGUGGAGGAAAAAGAUAGCACCAAGGGGGUGGAAAUUAAAAUUGUGAGACGGCAAGAAGAGGAUGUCACAUUGGAUGAUGGGCUGUCAUCGCAAGCUGCAUGGAUCCGGCAGUACAUGGAACAACAAGAGGAGGAGGAUGAUGCAAAUUCUAAUGAUUCCUCCACAUGGGAAGAUCGCUACUUAGCAAGCCUUGAAGUUGUAGAAGCAAAGCCAAGCAGGCGAAAGAAAAAGGGUAAAAAGGAGAACGCCAAAAAUGGAAACACAAAGGAACAUAUAAACAACUCUGCAUUCCAUGUGUUUCCUGAUACGGAAACUGCAAGUGUUGAGGGUGGUGAGAUUGGCUUUGGUGCAACUGGGAACAAAUCUGACAGUCCUAUCCAUAUUGAUGAAGGAUCCAAUUUACAAAAAGGAAUUCCUAAAGAAGUUGUUGAAACUUGCAAGGAGGUAGAAGAAGAGGAAGUUGAGCUUGGUAACAUGUUUUUUGAAGACUCAUCUGCUUGGGAAGUCGUGGCUCCAGAAAUCUUGAAACAGCAAAAAUUGGAGAAAUUAUCACGUGAUGGUUAUGGCCAUCUUCUUGGGAACAUAGACGAUGUAUGGAAAAAGGGAGAUUCUGGUAAAAUGCCAAAAGCUGUUUUACAGAAGUUCUGUCAGAAACUUGGUUGGGAAGCGCCAAAGUAUAGUAAAACAUCAGAAAAAGAUAGUAAAUUUAUAUAUACUGUGAAUGUAUUGCGUGGCUCUACCGGACGUGGUAAAAGUCGGAAGGCUGGAGGCUUGACAAAAAUCGAGUUACCUGAACAAGAUGAAGAAUAUGUAUCUGUUCAGGAAGCACAAAGUAGAGUGGCGACUUUUGCUCUAUAUCAACUGUUUGCUGAUCUUCCAUUACGUCAAUUGCUUAUCGAACCAUACUCAUCACUUGUUUUAAGAUGGCAAGAAGGUGACUUGGAAUUGUCAUCAACAUCAAGGCUGUUGGAUACUGAGGAUAGUCGAAGAGCUGGAUUUGUGGAUAUUUUAUUGGAUAUGGACACACAUGAUACUCUUCCAUAUCAAAUCAGAGAUGCCCCCUAUGGCGGGGUAAACAUUGACUCUCAGAACGAUGAGGAACACAAUCCUGUCGAUGACCAGAAAGAGCCUGCUUUGCUGAAUCGCGCAGGAUUGAAACAACCAGAGCAAGCAGAGAGCACAGCUUUGAAAAAGCAGUUGGAACACAAAAUAAAGCUUCCCAAGUAUCUGAAAAUGCUUCAAGCAAGAGCUUCUCUACCAAUCGCCAGACUGAAAAAACAUUUUCUGCAGUUACUGAAAGAGAAUGAUGUAAUCGUUGUUAGCGGAGAAACUGGAUGUGGGAAAACAACUCAGGUGCCACAGUUUAUUUUGGAUGAUAUGAUUGAGUCUGAGCUUGGUGGUAAUUGCAAUAUAGUUUGCACACAACCCCGGAGGAUAGCGGCCAUUUCAGUAGCAGAACGAGUGUCUGAUGAAAGGUGUGAAUCUUCACCUGGCUCUAAAGAUUCCUUGGUUGGAUAUCAAGUUCGUCUCGACAGUGCUCGGAAUGAGAGGACAAAGCUCCUGUUCUGUACAACAGGCAUCCUUCUUAGAAAGUUAUCUGGAAACAAAGACUUAAGUGAUGUUACUCAUGUCGUAGUAGAUGAAGUACAUGAACGUACUAUUUUGAGUGAUUUCCUGCUGAUUGUUCUUAAGAGUCUUGUUGAAAAACGCUCUAAUCAACCAGGACGAAAGCUGAAAGUGAUACUCAUGUCUGCAACUGUUGAUUCAACCCUAUUUGCACGAUACUUUGGAGAUUGCCCUGUGAUUAGUGUUGAAGGAAGAACACACCCAGUUUCAACUCACUUUCUUGAAGAUGUUUAUGAGAAGAUGGAUUACUGUCUUGCUUUGGAUUCUCCUGCAUCAGGGGCAUACUUCGCACAGCAUGGAGAAAAGUGGAAGCAUGCGAGUAGCUCGGUGAAUAACCGGAGAGGAAUGAAGAACCUUGUCUUAUCCUCAUGGGGGGACGAGUCAGUCCUUUCUGAAAAUUAUGUUAAUCCUCAUUAUACCUCUGACUGCUAUCUGUCAUACAGUGAAAGGACCAACCAAAAUCUUAAACGCAUAAAUGAAGAAGUCAUUGAUUUUGAUUUGUUGGAAGACUUGAUAUGCUACAUUGAUGAGAACUGCCCCCAUGGUGCUGUUCUAGUUUUUCUUCCUGGAGUUGCAGAGAUUGAAAUGCUGAUUGAUAGAUUAUCUGCUUCAGUUAGAUUUAAAGGGGUAUCAUCUGAUUGGAUUCUCCCUUUGCAUUCAAUGCUUUCGCCCACUGAUCAAAGGAAGGUAUUCCAGUCUCCACCAGAAAACAUUCGCAAGGUUAUUCUUGCCACGGACAUAGCAGAGACCAGCAUUACAAUUGAUGAUGUUGUAUAUGUAGUUGAUACUGGGAAGCACAAAGAGAAUCGUUAUAAUCCACAGAAGAAAAUGUCAAGCAUAGUAGAAGAUUGGAUCUCUCGUGCUAAUGCAAAACAGAGACGAGGACGGGCUGGUCGUGUGAGGCCUGGGUUGUGUUUCUGCCUGUAUACUCAACAUCGUUUUGAAAAAUUGAUGCGCCCAUUUCAGGUGCCUGAGAUGCUCCGGAUGCCAUUGACUGAGUUGUGUUUGCAAAUAAAAUCACUUCAUCUGGGUGACAUAAAAUCUUUCCUGCUAAAGGCUGUAGAGCCCCCAAAAGAAGAAGCUAUCUCCUCUGCAAUUGACUUGUUAUACAAGGUUGGAGCAUUUGAAGGACAUGAGGAGUUAUCACCUCUUGGCUAUCAUUUAGCAAAACUGCCAGUUGACGUUUUGAUUGGCAAGAUGAUGCUCUAUGGGGCUAUCUUUGGUUGCUUAUCACCAGUCCUUUCUGUUGCUGCUUUUCUGAGUUAUAAAUCCCCUUUCAUCUCUCCAAAAGACGAGAAGCAAAAUGUAGAGAAAGCAAAAGCUGCACUGUUGAAUGAAAACCUUGAUGGGUCUACUUCUGUAAUAGAUACCAAACAAUCAGACCAUUUGCUAAUGGUUAUUGCAUACAACAAGUGGUCCCGGAUACUUCAAGAGCAUGGUGCUAGAUCUGCUCAUCAGUUUUGCCGUUCAUUCUACUUGAACAGUACAGUGAUGUAUAUGAUCAGGGACAUGCGUCUACAGUAUGGGACAUUGUUAGCUGACAUUGGACUCGUGGAUCUUCCGAAAGAUAGUCUGAGGUCGAUGAGUGGGAAUAGGAAAAGCAAUCUUGAGAGUUGGUUUGCCAAUAUGUCUGUUCCAUUCAACUUAUAUGCUCGCUACACCUCAGUUAUCAAGUCGGUCAUAAGUGCAGGUCUAUACCCUAAUGUCGCAGCAACUGUGGAGGGUGUUGAUCCCGGAGCCCUAGGUGGCAGAAAGCCAUCUGAUAUUCUGUUUGGCAAGGAUCGUCCUCGAUGGUAUGAUGGAAAGCGAGAAGUCCAUAUACACCCAUCAUCUGUGAACCACAGCUUGAAGUCAGUGCAAUAUCCAUUUUUGGUGUUUCUAGAAAAGGUCGAGACUAGUAAGGUUUUUCUACGAGAUACUAGUGUCAUUUCCCCCUACUCACUCCUGCUGUUUGGUGGUUCGAUGGUAAUCCAACACCAGGCAGGAGUGGUUGUUAUAGAUGGAUGGUUAAGGUUAACUGCUGCUGCACAGACUGCUGUUUUAUUCAAGCAACUACGCAUAACACUUGAUGCUGUUCUGAAAGAAUUGACAAGAAAGCCUGAGAUGGCAACUUUUGUUGACAAUGAAGUUGUCAGAUCCAUUGUUCAUUUACUGUUAGAAGAAGACAAGGCCCAACAACACUGAAGUUUGGUAAUCUCUUCAUAUUAAGUUUUUCUUGUAACAUGAUCUUACUUGGAGAAAUGAGCAGCUACAUCCGUCCCUUAUCCAGCUACAGGAUUUUCUCUUUUUUGCCUUCAUCAGUAUUCUAUUUAUUCUGACCUCCAUACUUCGAUCGAGAUAUUGGACAUAGAUUGCCGCUCUUUAUUAAAAAGGAAAAAAAAGGAGUAAUCAGCUGUGACAUGAAAAAAAAUGAAUCCUUUUGUGGCUCAUCAUUUAUUGGCAAAAAUAGAAAAGGUCAUAUGAAGGAGGAGAAAGAAACUAUGAUCUUGCAGAUGCAAUGUCCUAGUAAACAAACAAGUUCUUAUGGAGAUUUGUGUCUUCCAGUUUUGAAAUUUUGCAUGGAAAACUUGUAAAAAAACAAGCUUUGCGAUGUAUUUAACUAUAGCUAGUAGGUUCGCGGUUAAUCUUUUGAUUCUUCCUGGAGAAAAAUUGAUCACUCUUGGCCUUCGAAGAUUUACCUAAUUACGGCUGAGAUGGGUUCCCGCUAUGCAGAGACUAAUUUCUGCAACUUCCAUUAGGUCAAUGGAUUGCAGUAGAGAUAACGUUGGAGCCGUGGUAGAAUCAACAUAAAAAAUGUCUUCAUAUCAGGUACAGGGUUUAAGUUGCACAUGAUCUGAUACACUUCAGCGUGUUUAUGUUGGUAACUAAGUAGUCUUUUCCUGACAGAACAUGUAUCCUUGAAUCAUGCAACUGUAUUUCUGACUAGUAAGAAAGUUGUAUUUAUAUUUAGUGUAUUGGGGCAACAGUUCGUUAUUUCGGUUGUGUCUAAGAGAUGUCUCUUAACUAGUGAAUAAGAACCAAUUUUUCUUAA